UUAAAUGUUAUUUAAUGGUAUUUUUGGCUUUUUAUCAUCAUGUUUGUUUUUUUAAACAAUCUCAUUGUAUCCUGCAGUUUUUUAACAGCCGUGUCUGCACUGCAUCCUUCACUUGACAAAAUUGUUUUUCUUGCGUUUUAUUUUGAAGUGUGGGUUUCUUCUUUUUCUCGCAUGAUAAUUGAGGUCUGACAAGAACAUUAUUUCCGUGAGUCUUUUUUUUUUUUUCACAUCUACAAGGGGAAACCACCAUCAAACGCACUCAUUCCAUCUGUUUUGUAGCCGUACUCACAACUCGAGCAACAUGACUGCUGCUGCUGCAGGUGCUUCUGCAGGUCUUCUGAGCCUGUCGACCGUUCUCAUCUGGUUCAUUUCUUUGAAGGAAUGCAUGUCUGAGGGUGUGAACAGUACCAGCUCAGAAUCAGACCUGGAUUUGGAUUACAUCAGCUUUCCCAGCGUAGAUUACAGCAAUUUUCCCACACCCUGUGUGAAAGACGUGAACAGGAAUUUUCGCAGAUGGUUCAUGCCUACCCUUUUCUCCAUCAUCUGCCUAUUGGGUGUGGCAGGUAACCUUCUGGUCAUCCUCACAGUCUUCCACUUCAAGCGCCUCAAGACCAUGACGGACGUGUACUUGCUCAACCUGUCCUUUGCCGACCUGCUCUUCGCCCUGUCCCUCCCCUUCUGGGCGGCCAGUUCCAUGGCAGAGUGGGUCCUCGGCCAGAUGGUGUGCAAAUCCAUGUACACCAUUUACAAGGUCAGCUUCUACAGCAGCAUGUUGUUCCUCUGCCUCAUCAGCAUCGAUCGAUACUUCGCCAUCGCCAAGGCCGUUUCGUCUCACCGGCACCGCACAGAAGCAGCCUUUUAUAGCAAAGUGUCAUCAACUGUUGUCUGGGUGAUGGCACUGAUCUUCUCCAUUCCUGAAAUGGCUUACACCAAUGUCAGCAACAACACCUGCAGCCUUUCUAACCAAAAUAGCACCGAGUUGAAAGUCGGCAUCCAAGCCAGCCAAAUAGCUUUGGCCUUCCUCCUUCCUCUCCUGGUUAUGGGCUUCUGUUAUGCAAGCAUCAUUAAAACUCUUUGCCAAGCUCGAAACUUUGAAAGGAACAAGGCCAUCAAGGUCAUUCUGGCUGUGGUGACCGUUUUUCUCGUCUCCCAGGUUCCUUACAACAUCGUCCUGUUCUUGUCCACUUCUGUCACAGCGAAUGGAGGAACUGAAGAUUGUGAAUACGAUAACACACUCAUGUUGGCUACAGAUGCCACGCAGGGUUUGGCCUUCUUCAGGUGCUGUCUCAACCCUUUUGUCUAUGCUUUCAUCGGUGUGAAGUUUCGCAAUGACCUCUUCAAGCUUCUGAAGGAAUAUGGCUGCAUGAGCCAGGAGCAGUUCUACAGGUAUACCUACGCCAGGAGGAAGAGCUCUGGGGCCAACGAGACAGAGACAAGCACCACAUUCUCACCGUGAAGUUUCUUUCAAUUACGCAGCUGAUUCUCCAAAAAAUGAUGUACAUAGCAGAAGUGAUCAUAUAAAUGCAGUUUUUGUUAGUUUUUCGCUUUGGUUACUUCAACUAUACGGCACAGACUCCGAUUUGUUAUUGUCAAAAAAGCAUGUCUAUGAUUGCAUGUAAAGUGUGCGCAAGAAAUGGAAUAAAACAAAAGUAGACAAACCACA